UUUAACCGUAAAAUUACUCCAAUCCCUUUCACGCUCUCUCGCUCUCACGCCCUCUUCUUCUUCUCCUCCUCCUACUUCUCCCGUCCCUCGUCUGCGUUCCUAUGGCCGCCUCCUCUACUACCAAUCUCUCCAGAACCUCUCUCUACUUAAAUUCCAGUUCUCAAGCUUCCCAGAAAGCUUCUCUCCCCUUCCUUCCCAAAACCCUACAUAAACCCUCUUUUUUUCCUGUCACACCCUCUUCCGUCUCUAACACCCGCAAAGCUCUCCUCACUUUCUCUUCCAACAACCCCAUCUCUCAUGUUAUCUCGGCAAAUGAAAACUACCCAGAUGAUUCUUCUUUCGGUUUCCAUUUUGAUGAUGACGAUAAACCCCGUGAAGAGUGUGGUGUUGUGGGUAUCUAUGGCGACCCAGAAGCCUCUCGUCUUUGCUAUUUAGCUCUUCAUGCUUUGCAGCAUCGAGGCCAAGAAGGUGCCGGUAUUGUUUCUGUCAAUAAUAACGUUCUGCAAUCUGUUACCGGUGUCGGGUUAGUCUCUGAUGUCUUUAACGAAUCAAAACUUGAUAAGCUACCUGGUGAUUUAGCUAUAGGGCAUGUCAGAUAUUCUACUGCAGGGUCUUCUAUGCUUAAAAAUGUUCAACCUUUUGUUGCUGGGUACCGGUUUGGAUCUGUUGGGGUUGCCCACAAUGGGAAUCUAGUGAAUUACAGGAAAUUGAGGGCUGACCUUGAAGAUUCUGGUUCGAUUUUUAAUACUAGUUCUGAUACAGAGGUUGUUUUGCAUUUGAUUGCGAUUUCCAAGGCUAGGCCUUUCUUUCUGAGGAUUGUUGUUGCAUGCGAGAAGUUAGAAGGAGCCUAUUCUAUGGUGUUUGUGACAGAGGAUAAGUUGGUUGCGGUGAGGGACCCUUUUGGGUUUAGGCCUUUGGUUAUGGGGAGAAGAAGUAAUGGUGCUAUUGUGUUUGCUUCUGAGACUUGUGCUCUUGAUUUGAUUGAGGCUACGUACGAGAGAGAAGUUAAUCCUGGUGAGGUUUUGGUGGUGGAUAAAGAUGGAAUUCAAUCGCUUUGCCUAUUGCCCCACCCUGAACCAAAGCAAUGCAUAUUUGAGCAUAUUUACUUUGCUUUGCCUAAUUCAGAAGUAUUUGGUAGGUCUGUUUAUGAGUCGAGGCGACUUUUUGGUGAAAUACUUGCUACUGAGACUCCUGUUGAUUGUGACGUUGUGAUUGCAGUCCCAGAUUCAGGAGUGGUGGCUGCACUUGGUUUUGCAGCUAAAGCAGGUGUGCCAUUUCAACAAGGAUUGAUAAGGUCACAUUAUGUGGGAAGAACUUUCAUUGAGCCAUCACAGAAGAUUAGGGACUUUGGUGUUAAGCUUAAGCUCUCACCAGUAAGGGGAGUGUUGGAGGGGAAAAGAGUUGUGGUUGUGGAUGAUUCAAUUGUGAGAGGAACUACCUCGUCAAAAAUUGUUAGGUUGAUUAAGGAGGCUGGGGCUAAGGAGGUUCAUAUGAGGAUUUCGAGCCCUCCAAUUAUUGCUUCUUGUUACUAUGGAGUAGAUACACCAAGUUCUGAGGAGCUGAUAUCUAAUAGAAUGACUGUGGAGGAAAUCAGGGAGUUCAUUGGGUGUGAUUCUCUUGCCUUUCUACCAUUGGAUAGCUUGAAAAAAUUUUUGGGCGAUGAUUCUCCAAACUAUUGUUAUGCUUGCUUCUCUGGGAGGUACCCAGUUCUGCCAAAGGAAGUUAAAGUGAAAAGGGUUGGUGAUUUUGUGGAUGAUGGGUUGAACGGAAGCAUUGAAUCCAUUGAUGGGGGUUGGGUUCAAGGACCUCGAAAUCAGGAUAUGGAGAAAAAAAGGGAUGUCCAGAAGUUAUCAUCCUUGUCAUGAUAUAUUAUUCUUUGGGUUUAGCUUCAAUUUGCGGAUAUUGAUGGAUCAUUAAGAGUAUCAACCGUCAAGGAUUUGAUGCAGAGAGUGGCAAGUAUUUCAAUGAUUCUUCUAUAUGAAACUUUAUAUGCUUCCUUGGAUAAUUGAGGUUCCAAAACUAGAACUUUAACAAUUUUGUUGGGUCUUGUAAAGCUUACAAGAUUUUAAUUUGAGAAGCUCUUGGUUUUAUCUUUAA